GAAGGGGCGGGGCGAAGGGGAAGGCAGGCGCGUGAGCAGCAGUCGGGCUCAGCAGAAAGCCGGUUCGGAGGCGGCCGUGACGCACUUAUCAUGGCAUCCAAUUCAGAAAGUCCUCUCCCUACCUAUGAGACAGAAGACAGCCAAACCUCAAAACUCAUAAGAAAAUCCCGGGAGUCUCCAUUUGUCCCAGUUGGCAUUGCAGGUUUUGCAGCCGUGGUGGCCUAUGGGCUCUACAAGCUGAAGCACAGAGGGGACACCAAAAUGUCUGUUCAUCUGAUUCAUAUGCGUGUGGGAGCACAGGGCUUCGUUGUCGGGGCCAUGACCUGCGGUGUCCUUUAUUCCAUGUAUCAAGAAUACUGGGCCAAGGCCAAGCCCAAGCCCUAGGAAGCCAUCAGUUGAAACCUGUGUGUGCUGGUGUUCUUAUGUACAGUACUCUAUAGCGAUAGACCUCACAUGGAAAUGGCUCUGCAGUGAUAAACAAGCACAAGGGAGUGGCUCUGUAACUCUGUCCACAUCGCGCACGGUGUUAACCUCUACGCUGCCAGUGUUGCUCUGCAUUAAGUUGUCAGUGACUUCAAACCUGUUCUUCUCUCUGGCUUGAGUGACGCCAUAAAACUUCUUUUUAAAUAGCAUGCAACCCUUUUUUGCUAUGCAUCCCUGGCACUUAGGCACUUUGUGGCUUAGAGGUCCAGAAUUUCCUCUUCAGAAGUUGUUCCUUUACUUUGCGGAAUAAUCAAGCGAGAAAAUAAAUUGGCAGAGGGGUACCGGUGUUUAGCAGGACACAAAAUCUAACUCACCCCGAAUUCUUUAAACUCCCUUAGAACAAAUGUUGUGGACAAGUAACUCUUUGCCAUAGAUUAAAUUAUUUGCUAUCUUUUAUUUAUUACACAAUAUUAAAUUCUAAAAUGCACUUCUUUUCACCGGAGGGCAUUGUAGUUUCUUGAAUUCUUUUUUUUAAAAUAAUAAUAAUAAUUGCACACAUUGUAUUGCAUAUAUUUUAGAGAGGCUUCUGUACAGCUUGUUUGAACAGGGUGGGGUCCCCAUAUGGAAAACCCUCGUAGGGAAAUAACGGGGCCAAAUCAAAAACAAACCAUGGUUCUCAACAUUGGAUGGAAAACGUGGAAUGCUGAAACCUUGGCAGAGAAACAAGAUCUCCUGGGCAGGGGAUUAAUACAUUUGGUUGUGCCCCCCCCCAGUAGCCAGCCAAAAUUUUGUUGUUGCCACCAAAACUGAUCCCCCUGAGCAGGUGAGGUCCUGGUUGUCACAUCACCCCAAACCUCAAUGUUGAAGCCAGCCCCCUGUCUUCCUCGCCAGCUCAAAGCUGCAGGCAGAGACGACGCCAAGAAAACUCAAUAUGCAGAGCCUUGAACUGGCUCAGAAGGCAGGAAAAUGUCUCGCUGCUUCCUGAGCAUCUCUGUGGCUCAGCAUGAAGUUGGGGAGAUUGCUUGCCCUUCAAGAUUUUUUUAAAUGUAUUUGUUUGCGGCCAAGUGAUGCUGAUUAUAUCCCCCCAAAAAAACUUGCUAAACUCUGUUGUCAUCCUGUUUCUCACAACUAAUAGAUAGGACUUAACAGCUGUGGCUGAAAUGGAAUUUCGGGUCUGUAAAAUUCUGUUUUCUGCCAGGCUACCUGCAUUCCUUGAUUUUAUCAUGGUGGUCUGAGUGAUGUUAAAUAAUGCAGUGUAAAUCUAAUUCAGUGACUCUGGUUUUAUUAAAUAUAUGUACAUGAGAACAAUUGUACUCUGUCACAAACCA